UUUCUUUCAUUAGGACUGAAAACUUUACUUGAUUCCUCCUUGGAACCCUGUUUGAGUUUGUGCAGGGUUUUGGCUCUAAGAAUAAAGAAUGGUUUCAGCAUCACCAUCUGCCCUCUCAACUUAUCGGGCUGGUGGCUGAUCCAGGAAGCUGGGCUGGGGGCAGACUCAGCUCAAUUAUUUGUCUUUCAGGCUGUUGGCUUUUGAACUCUUACAGGAAGGUAGUCACAGCCCCAACACAGGAAGAGAUGAAGAGUUCAAGAUGAGAAUGGUAUACAGGGGAUGCGGCAGGGACUAGAACAGAAGAUCCACUGGCAUCUUUCUCCCUCAGCUCAAACCCUUGCAUGAUUGUGAUGAGGGAAGAUCUUUUGGGACUUUUGGUACUGGAGACUUUUGGGUUUCUGGUAAGACACUGAAGAUGCUUGGCAGUUACCACUGAAGCUGGGAUAGCGUCUUUCCAGAGUCAGAGCAUCCCUGUACAUCCAUCUGCCUUCUAGGUCAGAUGUAAAGAUGUGAAGGAACUUAAAGUAUCAGACUGAACUAUGACAUUUCUCCUUUCUUUGCUCUUAAGUCUGGGCUCCAGGAGGGGCUUAAGAAUGGAGACCUUCCUGUCUCUUUCAGCUUGAGUGAGGUAUCUUCAUAAGAAAGCUCUGAGAUCUCAAAGGUACCUGGAUGCAGUGGCACCAUAAGCGCUGGUUCAAGUCAUCUCCUCACAUCUUCUGGAGGAGGUUCUGGACUCCAUGAGAAAGCAGGAAGUUCUGAGAGAGGAGGAGUUGAGCCUUGUUCAGGGGGCCAGUUCCCCCACCCAGAAGGUGAAGGUGCUCAUCGAUCUGCUGGCUGGGAAGGGCAGCCAGGGCUCCCGGGCUGGACAGGACUUCAUUGAGAAUUUGACUGCCCAGCUCAGCCUCCACAGCACUGCCUAUGAUUCUGGGAUGCAGAGGCACUUGGAGGUUCUCCUGAGCAAAUAUGGAGUCAGUGUAGACUUAGGUCUCUUGUCAGAGAAAACUGCCUCGGAAAGAUUGACCAACUUACUGUUAGUGGAGGGCUUGACAGAUCUCCAACUAAAAGAGCAUGACUUCACCCAGAUUGAGGCCACUCGGGGCCAGAGGCAUGUGUCUAAAACAAUCCCCCUGGAGCGACUCUUCUUACCUCUCUCCAAAGUCUCUAUUCCUCCCCGGAUCUCUGUGACUGUUGGGGUGGCUGGCAUCGGCAAAACUACACUGGUGAUGACAUAUGUCUCCAUGUGGGCCCGGCGGGAGAUCAGUAAGGACAUCUCUUUGGUGCUGCCUUUGAAUUUCCGGGAGCUCAACAUUUAUGAAAAGCUGUCUGCAGAGAGACUUAUCUGCUCAGCCUUUCCCCACAUCAGUGAAACAGGAUUGACAUACUUAGGCUCUGGGCAGGUCCUGAUGAUUCUAGAUGGGCUGGAUGAAUUUAAAGUACCUCUGGAUUUUUCCAAUGCGGUGGCUUGCACAGACCCGAAGAAAGAAAUCCCAGUGGACAAUCUUGUUACUAACAUCAUCCGUGGGAACCUCUUUCCAGAAGUUUCAGUCUGGGUGACAUCCCGCCCAACAGCUGCCGGCCAGAUUCCGGGGGGGUUGGUGGACCGGAUGACUGAGAUCCGGGGAUUCAAUGAGUUGGAGAUCCAGAGCUAUUUGAACCAGAUGUUUCCUGAUAGUUGUGACCUCCCUGGCCAGAUCCUGAAUCAAGUCCAGGCCAACAAGGCCCUGUAUCUAAUGUGUACCAUCCCUUCCUUCUGCUGGCUAUGUGGGACAGUGCUGGGUUACCUGAUCAGAAAUGGAUUGGGAUGCCAAACCUCAGAGUUGGCACCUCCAAGGACACUCUCUGAGAUCUAUGCAUGGUACUUCAAGAUGGCCCUGUGUGGGGAGGGACAGGACAGGCUGAGGGAAAGCCCAAGGAUUGAGCAGGCUGUCCACAGUGGCAGGAAGAUGAUGGGGACCUUGGGCCAAUUGGCCUUCCACAGCCUCCUCAGAAAGAAGUAUGUGUUUUAUGAACAGGACAUGAAAGCUUUUGGUGUUGACCUCCCCCUUUUACAGAGCAGUUUGUGCGGUCGCUUCCUCCUGCGGGAAGAGACCCCAGCAUCCUCUGCCUACUGCUUCAUCCACCUCACCUUGCAAGAGUUUGCGGCUGCUGCUUAUUACUAUAGUGCAGCCAAGAGGGCAAUCUUUGACCUCUUCUCAGAGAGCGGCAUGUCCUGGCCCAAGCUUGGCUUCCUCACCCACUUCAGGAACGCUGUGCAGCGGGCACUCCAGGAGGACGACAGGCAGUUGGAUGUGUUUUUACGCUUCCUCUCAGGUCUCCUCUCCCCACAGGUCAACUCCCUACUGGCUGGCUGGUUCCUAGGGCGGGAUGAGCACAGCAGCUACCGGGCCCAGGCUGUGGCUCACCUGCAGAGCUACCUCAGGGUUGAUGCCUCUAUCUCCUCCCGCACUGUGAAUGCCCUACGGUGCCUACACGAGCUGCAGCACACAGAGCUGGCCAGGACUGUGGAGGAGGCCCUGGAGAGUGAGAGCCUGGCUGGGCUGCUGGACCCCAUGCACCUCUCAGCUCUGGCCUACCUCUUGCAGGUCUCUGAGGUCUGUGCCCAGGAGACCAAUCUUACCAGAUGCCUCAACUAUGCCAUCCUCAAGAGCCUGCUGCCCCAGCUUCUCUACUGCAGGAACCUCAGGCUGGAUAGCAACCAGUUUCAAGACAACGUGAUGGAGUUGCUGGGCAGUGUACUGAGCAGCAAGGAUUGUCAUAUUCAGAAGAUCAGCUUGGCUGAGAAUCAGAUCCACAACAAAGGGGCCAAGGCUCUGGCCAGAUCCCUCCUGGUCAACAAAAGUUUGACUGUCCUCGAUCUUCGAAGUAAUUCCAUUGGACCACAAGGAGCUAAGGCCCUGGCAGAUUCUUUGAAGAUUAACCGGGUCUUAGUGUCUCUAAGCCUCCAGAAUAAUGCCAUUAAGGACGAUGGUGCCAAGUUCAUCGCAGAUGCACUGAUGGUGAACCACAUGCUCUCCGUGUUGCACUUACAAAAGAAUGCCAUUGGCCCUCCUGGAGCCAAGCCGAUUGCAGAUGCCCUAAAGAAGAAUGGGACCCUGAAGGAACUCAUGUUCUCUAGCAAUAGUAUUGGGAAUGACGGCUCCAAAGCUCUGGCAGAGGCACUGAAGGUGAACCAAGGCCUUAUCACCCUGGACCUUCAGAGCAAUUCCAUCAGUGAUGCUGGGGUGGCUGCCCUGACACAUGCUCUCUGCUCAAAUCAGACUCUCCUCAGCCUUAACCUCCGAGAAAACUCCAUCAGCCCAGAGGGAGCUCGAGAGAUCGCAAGUGCUCUGCGCAGCAACCAGGCCCUCCAGAACUUGGACCUGACAGCCAACCCUCAUGAUGAGGGCACGCAGGCCAUUGCAGCAGCGGUGAAAGAGAAUCGAGUCCUCAGGACCCUCCAUUUACAAUGGAACUUCAUCCAGGCCAAAGCUGCCAAGGCCCUGGGCCAAGCACUACAAUUCAACCGAAGCCUGACCAGCUUAGAUUUGCAGGAAAAUGCCAUUGGAGAUGAAGGCAUGAUGGCGCUCGCCAGGGCACUGAAGAUGAACACAAGCCUCACAGCUCUCUAUCUUCAGGUGGCAUCUAUUGGCGUGCUUGGGGCCCAAGCCCUAGGUGAGGCCUUGUCUGUGAACAGGACCUUGGAAAUUUUGGACUUAAGAGGAAACUCCAUUGGAGUGGCUGGAGCGAAGGCCAUGGCUAAUGCCCUGAAGACAAACCCCAGUCUCCGGAUGCUCAAUCUUCAAGAGAACUCCCUGGGCAUGGAUGGAGCCAUCUGCAUCGCCACCGCACUGUCCAGCAACCACGGACUCCAGCACGUCAAUCUCCAGGGAAACCACAUUGGAGAAUCAGGUGCCAGGAUGAUCUCAGAAACCAUCAAGACAAAUGCCCCAGAUUGUAUUGUUGAAAUGUGAGCCAUAAUCUCUGGUGGAACUUUCUGGUGGAGUGAGCAGAACAGGGAAGAAACCAAGCAGGAAGUCUGAAUGCUAAGAGACUAUUAAAACAAGUGAUGGCCUGAAGGUCAGUGGCAUGGUCGUUCUAGCAGGAAGGAGCUUAUUGAUCCUCUGGAAGGAGUUUCAAAGAGAGGUCAUCAUCUACCUCCAGAACUGAGCAUCAGUACAGGAACAGCAAUGAUUGAUAAAUUCUUCUAUGGAUGGAUUCCAGGAUACAGACCUUGUGAUUAAGGGUUCAACUGCUGCAACGACUGAGGAAGGUGGUUGGCCAUGGGUAAAUAGCUGGUUAUAAGGCCAUUAAAAGUAUCAACCUGACAUGUGUAACAGAGGAAACGUUCCUUGAUUCUUCCAAGCAACACACAUGUCGCUAAGAAGUCACAAUUCUUCAAGAACCAUGGAAAAACUGGGGAGGGGUGUGUUUUGAGAUGGUUUAAGUUGUGGGGCUCUGGAGAUGGAAAAGCUAAAAUGGCAUUUUCAUUUCUCCAAGUUUUCCACCACACCAGCACUAAGCAAAUUAUUUGUCAAUGACAAACACAGGGGUCCUAGCAUACUAGACUACAAACUCAGUAUGUCAGCAGUGUGAUAUGGCAACAGGAAAAAAAAAAAAGCUUAUUAGCAGAACAAAGGUGGUAGUAAUCCUGAUGUGUUAUGGGCCAGAUAAUAUCUGGAGUAUUCAACCAAGUUCUUGGUGCCACAUUUUAUAAGGUACGUGGAUCAUUUAAAACAUGUGCAGAGCAGCGCAAUCGGGAUGGUGAAGGUAAAAAAAAAUAGCUCUCUGGUCUUUUUUUAGGUCCAGAUCUGUGAUUUCAUCUUAGUGUGGAAACUCCUUCUACCAAUGCAAAUCUACAACUAACUCAUUUGUGACUUCAAGCCUUAGAGAGAACCCUUCUGGAAGUCUUUCAGACGAACUUCUUUCAGUGGCCAAAGGGUCUUCACCUUAGAUAAUGGGCUAGGCUUGUUGGUUUGGAGAAAUACUGCCUCUAGUUUUGCUUUUUUGCUGCCAGAGCUCCGCAGCUAAACCACUGAUUGCUUUGUCACUAAACCCUCUCUCACUCCUCCUAUUAAAAUGCCGUACUGAGAGCAGGUAAAAGGAAAAGGGAUGUUUUGCUCAGAGAAGAUUUGGAGAGCGGGGAGAUAUGCGUGCUGUCUUUAUCCCAAAGUAGACGGAUUCCAUUUGUUUUUGCUUGGCUCUGAAGGAUAGAACCUAGCACCAAUGAAUGAAAGCAUAUAGGAAAAACUUUAGCACAGCAAAGAUACUUCCCCAGAAAUGAAGCUGUCUAAAAAUGGAAUGGGCUCCCUUAGGGGGUGGUGCACUGUCUGUAAUUGGAGAGCUUUAAGAACAGGAGAAAACUAAUGCUCCAGGUAGGGACUGGACUAAAUAAUCCCUUGAUCUAACACACUAUGGGAAUUGAUGAUGUGUUAAAACAUAAUGAUAUAAUGAAAAUCUGUUGGGCCUCAGUAGACCACAAAUGCCACUAGGAAACCUCUCUUCCAAAGGCAGUGGGUCUAUCAAAAAACAUUAAUUCCCACAAAUGGUGGUGCUGCUGGAAAAAAAAAAAACAUCAGAUAAGACACCACAGAUCUUAUCAAUCAAAUCAAUGAGAAUGACAGUGUAUGAAGACUAUAAAAUGAUACUCAUUUUUAGUUUGAACAGUAAAUCAUUAGGGCUGUAAAAUUCCUUAUAGGUAAGUACAAAAAAUGUGCCAGCCUGCUUACACUUCCCUAACUGCCUCUCUCUCUGAAAAGACACUGGUAUUACAAGCAACAAGGUUCUUUUUACAAUGAGGUUGGCAGAAAAUGUUACUUAGGCUUUCAAAGUUUAUCAUAAUUUAGUUUAAGACAUCAUGCUAUAUAAUGUCAAACCUUGCCUGGAAACCCUAAUAUUCAGCCAUCUCUUCUUUUCUCCACAUGGCAUUCUUUUAAAAAUUAUUUUAUUGAUACAUUUUGUUUUGCCAUAACAAUUCCAAAAAACAAUUAUAACCAUGUAACCUUAAAAAUGGUUAAGCAAAACUGUCUAACACAGCUUUUGGGACUGACAGCACAAGUAACAUUUUGUUUCUAUAAUUCACCAUUAACAAAAAGAAGAAAGUGUAUUCCAACAUCAGGCAUCUGGAAUUAAGAUUGGUUAUGUUUCAUGUGAAUCCUUCAUAGUCCUCUUUCCUUACGGUACAAAAAUAUUUUAUUACAAUCAUAUACCACGGUUUGUUUAUCCAUUCCCCAACUGAUGGGUGUGUAAUUUAUUUCUAGCUUUUUGCUACUAUAAAGAAUGCUAUGAGUAUUUUUGGUACCAAUGAGAUCUUUCAACGACUUCCAGGAAUAAACUGAAUAUAAAUCCAGUAAUGGGAUUGCUGGGCCAAAGGGGUAUGGGUAGUUAAGUAACUUUUUCUUGCAUAAUUCUAAAGUUUUCCCAGAAGGGUUGAAUUCACAGCUGCACUAAUUGUUAUUAGUGUGUCUUUCUUCCUACAGCCUGAUAAUAAAUUGAUUAUUUUCAUUUGCUACCAUCUUUGGCAGUCUGAUGGUUGGGAGGAGAUACUUCAGUUGAUGCUAUACAUAAGAUUAUAUUUUAUUAUUCUCUUUUAUCAAUUCCUUUCCUUUCUUUCAAGGCUUCUCUGGACCAUUAAGUUAUUCUCCAGAGAAAUGUUUUAAGGAACUGCUCCUAAAUACAGAAACUAAUCUUUGAUAAUCAGCUGGCCCUGGAGAAAUAAACCAAUGCCUUCACUUCAUUAGAAUAAGAGUUCUUAAGUUUGCAAAAAAGACAUGAUAAAAAAUAAACUAGUGCUUAUGUGGUAAUUUAAAAAUAAAAUCUUUUCUUUUCCUGAGCAAUUGGUAUAAACACAAUAAAUUAUUCUGUAUGAUACUUGCAAAUGUGAAUCAUCUAGGUAGAAUGAUUUUUAUAAGAAAUUAUAUGCAGUAUAGCAAUGCAGACCAACAGCCUGAGAAGGAAAAAAGUUAGUCUGGGUAUACUCUCAGUCCCAGCACACUGGGUCCCUAAAGGCACUAGCAUGUUCCCUGCUAAGGAAUUCAUUCACAUCCCAAUGCUCCCAUCGGUGUAACUCAUGUGUCAUUCUUCAUCGACAAAGAUGUCAAUGCUGACUUACCAUCGCUCAAGACAGUUGUUUUUGAGUUGUUUUUCCUAUAGUAGAGUUGUGGCAAACAUCACCCAAUUGUUGAUUGACUGGAGUGAAUUCAAUUCAGCAAGUAUCUAAUUGGCAUCAAUUACGUGCAAGAUACUGUACCAGGCAAAAAUGAUAAUAGCCCUGCCCUCAAGCAGUUUAUUAUGUUCUACUGGAAUGUACUGUAGCUAUGAACAAAGCAAAACGAAUUGGCCCAACAAGAAUAACAUUCACAAUACUGGUCUCGUGAGCUUCAUGUCCUAACUAUACUUGUAUGUCUGAUAGGUUUGUUAUGAAGAAUAACACACUAUUAUUAUUGAAAAGUGCUCAGUGUUUCUCUCAUGGGAGGGUAUUACUCAGGUAGGUAAACAGUAUUACUACGGGUUUCACAGUUACAGCUAAGGAUUUUUAAUAUUGGUGUCAGCCUAUGGAUUUAUCUUAAUGGAUGUCUUGUUAAAGACUUUUUUAUGCUCCUUGAAAAAAAAAAGCUCCAUAUAGAAUUUGGGUGAUGACG